CAACCAUCUAUCAACAUCGAACUGAGCAAAAAUCGUUCCUCCCAGCCUAACGGCGGCGAACACGCAUCUCGAUCACAACAGCCUCGUUUACGUAACGCCGACACCAUGAAAUUUGCAUGCGCUAAUCUUCAAUUUAUAAGUCGGCUUGAUAAAUAUGCCGGACUCAGUAGUUCUCGAUCGUUGGAAGGGUUGACGGUACCGGACUUACAAACGGGAUGAUACACGAGAGUCGUACGAUCUAAGUCAGUUUAACAAUACCAAAGACGUAUAGAAGUAUAUUCGUUUGAGAAAAGUUACUUAGUUUUUGAUUGUUUUUUGUGUUUAAUUUAUUUGCCUUAUUCGGCUAGAAGAAUAUUUUUGAGAUAUUUCUGUGAAGUGUUAGAAACAUGGCUCCCAACGUAGUGUCCAUGGCCACCGGGGUUUUGCACGAGAACGACGACGAAAUCAGUGCCAGCAUAAUUCCACCGGAAGUCAGCAAACCGCAACCCAGAAAAAUCGAGCUGGUGUGGAGGAACAUCAUCAUAUUUAUCUUUUUGCAUGCCGUGGCCCUCUAUGGAGUCUAUUAUAUGUUUACCUCUGCCAAAUUAGCUACCACCAUAUAUGCUAUAAUACUGUAUCAGAUGGGCGGAUUUGGAGUUACAGCUGGAGCACAUCGUCUAUGGUCGCAUAGAUCAUAUAAGGCGAAAUGGCCUCUGAGAGUCAUCCUUACUUUCUGCAAUACUCUGGCUUUUGAGAAUUCGGUAAUAGAAUGGUCCAGAGACCACCGCGUCCACCACAAAUACUCAGAGACGGACGCCGACCCCCACAACGCCAAACGCGGUUUCUUUUUCUCCCACAUGGGCUGGUUGCUCUGCAAGAAACAUCCGGAGGUCAAGAGCAAAGGCAAACAGCUAGACAUGUCCGAUUUGUACGCCGACCCCAUCAUCAGGUUCCAGCACAAGUACUACAUGAUCCUGAUGCCUUUGAUCUGCUUCAUCCUGCCCGUACCCAUCCCGAUGUUCUUGUGGGGCGAAACGUUCGUCAACGCCUAUUCUCUGAACAUUUUGAGAUACGUGUUCACGCUGCACGCCACGUGGCUUGUGAAUUCCGCCGCCCAUAUGUGGGGUGACAGACCUUAUGACAAGUACAUCAACCCAUCGGAGAAUAAAAUGGUCUCCGUUUUGGCUUUGGGCGAAGGAUGGCACAACUACCAUCACACCUUCCCGUGGGACUACAAAACCGCCGAACUGGGACAGUACUCCACCAAUUUCUCUACCGCUCUCAUCGACAUGUUCGCCAAAAUCGGCUGGGCCUACGACCUGAAGACCGUCUCCACCGAUAUGAUCAAAAAACGCGUGGAGAGAACAGGCGACGGAUCGCACAACCUGUGGGGAUGGGGCGACAAGGACCAGCCCAAGGAGGACUACGAAGAUGCCACCAUACUCAACAAGAAAUCGUCCUAGAUGUUUGUGUAGUAUUAAGCAAACCCAUAAACAUUAUUUUUCUAAUUUAACAAGUGAGAUGACGUAGGUAGUUAAGUAGGUUCGCCGAAGCUAGUGUUGGUUUCGGUUCCAAAGUAAUUCGACUGAUAAAUAUGACAAAUUAUUAAUAAUAAAUAUAAACAGGCUCACCGGCACGAAAAACAGACAUCCUAAAAAUUUUAUGUAUUUUAAAGUUUUAUUUAUUGUGUUCUAGGGAUUUUGAUGAUAUUUUAAGCAAUUUGUUGCUAAAUUAUUUUGCUUUUUAGUGUCUCUUCCUAAAUUAAACAAAAAAGAUUCCAUCUGUCAAUUAUAAAAGGACAAAAUAUUUAAGGUGUCCGUUUUUCGUGCUCGUGAGUGUAUUAUAAAAGUAAAAUAAUAAAAAAAAUGAAAAAAAAAACAAAAUGCAAAAAAUAUAAAAAGCAUGUAUAUUGUAUAUAGAAAAAGACUAUAAAAAUAUAUUUUUAUAGAUGGCUCUCUAUAGAUUGGGGAGAGAAAGGAGAUACAGGAAUAUAGAUUUUACGUUUUAAGAUAAUUAUUUAUGUGCGUGUGUUUGUAAUUAUUUCUUUAUUUGUUUAGUUUGUGUAUUUUUUAUCUUGAUAGAGAUGAUAUUGUGUACCUAAAAUAAUUGUUUCUCUAUAACGACACCUCAUUUUCAAUCAGUUGUGAUACAUAAUAUAUAGUUUAGAAUAAUGAAUAAAGACUAUUGCAAUAAAAUA